UGCUUAAGAUGAACGAGUUUUUGCGACGAACGAUAAAACUCUACGUAUGGAUCGGAAGCUGGCCGAUAAACGGAGCCCCGAGAUUAAUCGAAAAUCUGCGAUACGCGGCCGGAUUAUUGGUCGUAAUCAGCAUCUCGAUAAUGAACGGAUUCCAAUACUUCGAUCUUUACAUGCACUGGGGAAACUGGAAACACUUUGCCGAAAACGCCUAUUUAUUUUUCGCUUACACCUGCGUAAUCGGCGAGACCUUCGUGUUUUACUCUCGUCGCGAUGAGAUAAUAUCACUGUCAGAGAAAAUCACCAGCUACGAGAAUGAAAUAUUACUGGAAGAAAGCGAUAGCGAGAAGGUUAAAUUGCUACGCGACGGUCAAAGAAAGUCGAAAUUCAUCAACUCUUUUCUUUGGCUCUUCAUGUUCAUGAUCAUCGUCUACAUGGUGACUUGGCCGAUGAUCCGCAUGAUUAUCUUCGGCGAUUACGAUUCAAGAAUCUUACCAAUACCAGUCCAAUAUCCAUUCAGUUUAAAUUCAACCGAAAAUUUUGCUGCGGUUUACCUGAGCGACGUGAUGAUAGAGUUUUUGGUCACGAUACACUCGCUGGCGUUCGACUCGCUCUUCGUCGCAUAUAUUUUCUUCGCCCUUGCUCGUCUCAAAAUACUCCAAUAUUCUAUUGAGCAACUGCCCCUCACUGCUCAACGAAAAUUAAUGAUCCUUACGGAAAAUCGAGAAGAUUUUAUCACAGCCCCUGUCUGGAGGAAAACAUUGGAAAUGAUUUUCCAGGAGGAAUUGAAAAAAUGCAUACAAGAGCAUCAGAAAAUCAUUGCAUUUUGCAAAACCGUCGACUCUUUGCUCAGCCCGGUUCUGUUCGGCGUGUUUAUCACUUACUCAAUGAUCAUCUGCCUUCUCUUAUUUCACCUUUUGAUGACGGGACUGAGUACGGAUGUCCUGCAACCAGGACAAAUCCUCAUGUUUUCAUUGCUGACUUUGUUUCGUUACUACUGGUGCGGCGACGAGUUGACAAACGAAGCUUUGAAGAUCGGCGAGUCGGUAUUGGGCAUAAAUUGGUACGAUUUCGGCAAGAUCAAUGCAAAAACGAUUAUGUCCAUGGUUCUACGUUCGCAGAAGCCGAUUUAUCUCACCGUUGGAAAGUUCUACAUGGUAACACUGGAAACCUACUUAUCCCUACUGAGCAGCGCCUACUCGUAUUUCGCAUUGAUGAAGCAAUUCAUGUAGCGGUAAUUCACGAAACUCGAUAUCAAUGGUUUUGGAUGGCUUUUGCACGAUC